AUGGCCUCCCUCCGCACCACAUCGCGACUCUUCGCUGCGUCGCGCCCGCUGUUCCGGCCCGCCGCUUUUGCUCGCUCCUAUGCCACCGUCGAGGCGACCAAGAAUGUCGACCCCAUCCCCUCCGAGAACCCUUCCAUGAAGACCUUCAAGGUCUACCGUUGGAACCCGGACACCCCGAGCGAGAAGCCCACCAUGGAGAGCUACCAGCUCGACCUGAAGAAGACCGGCCCCAUGAUGCUCGACGCUCUCAUCCGCAUUAAGAACGAAAUCGAUCCUACUCUGACUUUCCGCCGCUCUUGCCGUGAGGGUAUCUGUGGUUCUUGCGCCAUGAACAUCGACGGUGUUAACACCCUGGCUUGCUUGUGCCGUAUUCCUACCGACACUGCCUCAGAAUCUCGCAUCUACCCGUUGCCUCACACCUACGUCGUCAAGGAUCUUGUUCCCGAUCUUACCCUGUUCUACAAGCAAUACAAGUCUAUCAAGCCCUACCUGCAGAAUGAUACCCCCACUGCCGAUGGUCUUGAGAACCGCCAAAGCCCCGAGGACCGCAAGAAGCUCGACGGUCUUUACGAAUGUAUUCUGUGCGCCUGCUGCUCUACCUCCUGCCCCUCCUACUGGUGGAACAGCGAGGAGUACCUUGGUCCUGCCAUUCUCCUCCAGUCUUACCGUUGGUUGAUCGACUCGCGUGACGAGAAGACCGCCGAGCGCAAGGCCGCCCUCGACAACAGCAUGAGUGUCUACCGUUGCCACACCAUUCUCAACUGCACACGAACCUGCCCCAAGGGCCUUAACCCCGGUCGUGCCAUCGCUGAGACCAAGAAGAUCCUGGCCGCUUAA